CCGGGAUGAAAUCAAUAGAAAGCUCACGCGAACUCUCCGUCUUCGGUAAAUUCAUUCGCACGCGAAAUUUCACGGGGUAUCACGCAGGGAGGAGCGUCGAAGCCGGGUAAAUACGAUGGAGAACGUAAGGACACUGUUUUAAUGCCGCGUACGUCGCGUUUCGAAAGGGAAACCGAGAAUAUCAGGUUAUCCCCUCGAAGUGCGCCGUUCUCGGCUUGUGAAAUCUCGUACGAGGGUAAAAUCAUCAUUCUAUAAAUUAGUGAUAUUCAUUCGUAAACGAUCAGCGAUCAACGACGAUGGCUGUGAUUUACAUAAAGAAAGUGCGAUACUCAGCGUUGUGGUCUUGGAGUGUGUCGUAAAAAAAGGAAAAGUAUAGAAAGUUUAAAGUUGUUUACACGAAUAAAUGACAAAAUUUGACGAACAUCGCGAUGAUAAAGCUUCUAAUACUUUUAACAUUGACGAAAGUGAUCGGAGGUUCGUUACCUCCCGACGAUGCCGACAAUGUGUUGCAUAUCGGUGGCAUUUUUCCGAUAGGAGGCAAGGGCGGAUGGCAGGGUGGCCAGGCUUGCAUGCCAGCUGUAAAUCUGGCUCUAGACGAUGUUAAUCAUAAAAAAAAUUUGUUACCUGGAUUCAUAUUGAAGCUUCAUUCAAAUGAUAGUCAGUGUGAACCAGGACUCGGUGCCUCGGUCAUGUAUAAUCUAUUAUAUUAUAAACCGCAUAAAUUAAUGUUAUUAGCUGGAUGUAGUACUGUUUGUACAACUGUUGCAGAGGCAGCGAAGAUGUGGCAUCUAGUUGUGUUAUGUUAUGGUGCAUCAUCGCCUGCAUUGUCCGAUCGAAAUCGGUUCCCGACGCUUUUUAGGACACACCCAUCAGCUACGGUGCAUAAUCCUACGAGAAUCAAAUUGUUGCAAAAAUUUGAUUGGUCUCGAGUGGCAAUCUUGCAGCAAGCCGAAGAAGUGUUCAUAUCUACUGUAGAAGAUUUAGAAACACGUUGCAAAGAAGCAGGAAUAGAAAUAGUUACACGCCAAAGCUUCUUGUCUGAUCCAUCUGAUGCUGUAAGGAAUUUACGUAGACAAGAUGCUAGGAUCAUUGUUGGUUUAUUUUACGUAGUAGCCGCGAGAAGAGUUCUUUGCGAAUUGUAUCAUCAAAAACUUUAUGGAAAAAGUUAUGUAUGGUUCUUCAUUGGUUGGUACGAGGACAAUUGGUACGAAGUAAAUUUAAAGGAAGAAGGAAUUACAUGCACAAAAGAUCAAAUGAGGCUGGCAGCUGAAGGGCACUUGACGACCGAAGCUCUGAUGUGGAAUCAGAAUAAUGACACGACAAUCAGUGGGAUGACUUCCGAGGAUUUUAGGCAGAGAUUGAACAAGAUGUUGAAGGAAAAUGGAUUUGAUAUCGAUAAUAAUCGUUAUCCUGAAGGAUAUCAAGAGGCACCUCUCGCUUAUGAUGCAGUUUGGUCAGUAGCGCUAGCUUUCAAUAAAACAAUGGAGAAGCUGAGUAAGCAAGGAAAGAGCUUAAAAAACUUCAGUUAUACUGACAAGGAGAUAGCAAAUGAAAUUUAUUCGGCGAUCAACUCCACUCAAUUUUUAGGAGUAUCUGGAUACGUUGCCUUUAGCUCACAAGGUGACAGAAUUGCAUUGACCCAAAUCGAGCAAAUGAUCGAUGGAAAGUACGUUAAGUUGGGAUAUUAUGACACGCAAAGCGACAAUUUGACAUGGAGGAACAUGGAAAGGUGGAUCGGUGGUAAAGUACCACAAGAUAGAACCAUUGUGAAGACUGUUCUUAGGACGGUCUCAUUGCCUUUAUUUAUUUGUAUGGGGACUAUAUCUUCACUGGGAAUCAUAAUAGCUGUGGCAUUAAUCAUUUUUAAUAUAUGGAAUAGACAUAGAAGGGUUAUAAUGUCGUCACAUCCUGUGUGCAAUACUAUAAUGCUGAUUGGAGUUAUAGCAUGUUUCGUGUCGGUGUUUCUAUUAGGAAUUGACGGUAGAUUUGUCGCAGCUUGGGAAUAUCCAGCGGUUUGCCAAGCUAGAUCUUGGAUGUUGUCCACAGGUUUUACUUUAGCAUUCGGGGCGAUGUUUAGCAAAGUAUGGCGCGUCCACAGACUUACGACAAAGACAAAAGCUGAUCAAGCAAAAAAGAAAAUUCAACCAUGGAAGCUGUAUACGAUGGUAAGCGGAUUGUUGGCAGUGGAUAUCGUACUGUUAGUCUGUUGGCAAGUGCUUGAUCCUUUGCAAAGGAAGAUGGAGACAUUUCCAUUGGAACAACCUCCGUUUGGUGAUGACGAUGCAAGGAUUAGACCGGAAUUAGAACAUUGCGAGAGCACACACAAUAACAUUUGGCUUGGUUUGAUUUAUAGUUACAAAGGAAUCAUCCUGGUGUUCGGAUUGUUUUUGGCGUACGAGACGAGAAGUAUCAAAGUGAAACAGAUCAAUGAUUCCAGAUACGUUGGGAUGUCGAUAUACAACGUGGUUGUUCUCUGUUUGAUCACAGCUCCCGUAACAAUGGUGAUCGCUAGCCAGCAAGACGCCAGUUUCGCUUUCGUUGCACUCGCCAUUAUAUUUUGUUGUUUUUUAAGCAUGGCGCUGAUCUUUGUGCCUAAAGUGAUCGAAGUGAUCAGACAUCCGAAAGAUAAGGCUGAAUCUAAGUACAAUACCGAUGUGGGUAUGUCGAAAGAGGACGAGGAAAAAUAUCACAAACUUCUUAGCGAGAAUGCCGAGCUUCAAAAACUUAUUGCCGUGAAAGAAGAGAAGAUCAAAUUUCUGAAACAGACUUUGGCCGAGCGAGAUGCGUUGAAAGAUGGGAGCGGAAAUCUUCCGAAGGAUUCGCUGAUAGUCGCCGAUUUCGUAACAGGAGAAGGAACUUCGGAUAGUGCAAUCGGUGGGGGUAUUUCUGUUUAUACACAAUCAUCUCGAGCUUCUGCUUCUGAUUUUGAGUUUUCAGGAUCGUAUUUGUAGAUUCGAUCGUGGAUUUAUAUUCUGUUCUGUCUUUCUAUGAGUAGAAAUCGUAACGAAUUUAAGAAAGCGGGACCUAAAUGG